AUGGCGGCGACGGCGGAGGAGCUGGCGGCGCGGCGGGGCCGGGCGGCGGAGCCGGGAGCGGGGCCGGGCAGCCCCGGCGCGGGGAGAGUUGGCUUCGAAGGGUCCCCCGGGGGAAGCCGCCGAGUCUUCAGCCCCGCCGCGGAGUUCCGCGAGUUCUCCCGGCGACAGCUCCGCGACAUGGAGCGGCUGUUCCGACAGUACGAUGCAGGGAGGGAUGGCUUCAUUGACCUGAUGGAGCUGAAGCUGAUGAUGGAGAAGCUGGGGGCUCCACAGACCCACCUAGGCCUGAAGAACAUGAUCAAGGAGGUGGAUGAAGACCUGGACAGCAAGCUCAGCUUUCGGGAGUUCCUGCUGAUUUUCCGCAAGGCAGCAGCGGGAGAGCUGCAGGAGGACAGCGGACUGCACGCCCUGGCCCGGCUCUCCGAGAUCGACGUCUCCACCGAGGGGGUGAAAGGUGCCAAGAACUUCUUCGAGGCCAAGGUGCAGGCCAUCCACGACGCCAGCCGCUUCGAGGAGGAGAUCAAGGCAGAGCAGGAGGAGAAGAAGAAGCAGGCAGAGGAGCUGAAGCAGAGGAAGGCAGCGUUCAAGGAGCUGCAGUCCACCUUCAGGCAGUGA